AUGGCGGCGGCGGUGAGGGCGACGCUGCUGCCCUCCUCAUCCUCCUCCCCAUCACCGCUACUCUGCCUCCCGCGCCGCUUCCUCUCGCUCACGUUCGUCGAGCUCCGGCCAGAGGUGGUGGACUUCCCACGCCUGCACUGGCGCGAGGAGGCGCUCUACUUCCAUGACACCUUCGCCAUGCCAUGGGAGAAGGACAAGCACUACUGCAUGCUCUACCGCCUGCAGAAGAAGUACUUCCCCCAUCAGUCCCUCGACAACGCAUUCGUCUUCGCUGAAGCCGCCCCGGCCUCCGACGCCGACAGCAGCCUCGUCUUCUUCGACGCCGAGAAGAAGGAAGAUGAGGGAGGGGAGCGGGUGGUCAGUAAGAAGGGCGGCGACAGCAACGACAAAGGGGAGGUGCUGGAGAGGAAGGUGGAAGACUUCUUUAGGUCUCUGAAUAAAGGCCCCGGCCAAGCCGACACCAAGUUCAAGAGAUCGGGAGCGGAGCCACGGCAGGUGAAGCGCGAGGUGCCAAGGGAGGAGGAGCGUCUAUAG